AUGGUCGGCUCUUAUGAGGAGAGUAUCCUGCGGGGUCGCAUGUCAACCACACCGUCAAAACCACUUGAUUUUCUCGCUCAGAUCGGAGUGCUGGGCCUGGGCAAGUGCAAAUCAAGCUUGAGAUGUCCGGCGCAUGUAACACUGCCGUUCCCGGCGGUGUUCUACAGCUAUGGAGGCGCUGCGCAAGGGCGCGUCAACGCCGAAGACGGACCCAGUCCAUACGUCGGUCAGAUUGAUCUGGAGAAUGGCCUAUCUAAUUCAGGGGAGGGCCACAGGGCCAAGAGGAAGAUGCAGAGCAGGGUUGCCGAACGAAGAAUCGCCGAAGACGACGUGGCCAUGGGGAACAGCUCUUCAGUGGCAGAUGGGUCAGACCCCGAUGCACACAAAGCGCAACGCUCGCGACGGAGAUCUGGUUCUCCAAGAGCUCCUCCAGGCGGUAGCUAUCGGAUUCCUGGAAAGGGUCAGAUCCAAAUCGUAAUCAAGAAUCCCAACAAAACGGCUGUCAAGCUGUUCUUGGUGCCUUAUGAUUUGGUAGGGAUGGAAUCAGGAACCAAGACGUUCAUCCGACAGCGCAGCUACUCGGCCGGUCCGAUCAUCGAGAACGCGCCUGGGUUGGAGGACCCCGUUGGACCUGACAAGCCCAUCUUGAGGUAUCUUGUGCAUCUGCACAUCUGCUGUCCUGCCAGAGGCCGCUACUAUCUCUACAAGAGCAUUCGAAUCGUUUUCGCAAACAGAGUCCCUGACGGCAAGGAAAAGCUACGCAAUGAGACAACUUGCCCAGAGCCUCGGUACACCCCCUACAAGCCAAUCCGUGUGAUGCACCCGCCGAUGGUCACUAGCAGCGGUCCUGCUGCAACACUUGCAGCUGAUAAGGCUUUCAGACGGCGGAGUUCUGGCAUACCGUUCGGCCCUUCCAUGUACACCCUUGAUACAACCGACGGGCUCUCUCACUCUCCGCAGACGAUGCCCGGCCAGCAGUCUUCCCCGUCACCAUUUAAUUUUGCCGGCAGCAGUCAGCCCUUAGAGCCCAUUCCGUUCGCUCUCUCGGGUCGGGCUCGCCUAGGAAGUGACAUCAGCGAUGGCACUAAUGCCUCCACCAAGACUGCAGACCUUCGAUCGCCGCAGUCAUCACAAGCCAGUAGACCGACGACGAAAGACAGCUGGGAUGCUCAGGUCGCCCAAUACCAGAAGUUGAAUCCAGGUGACGUCGGGUACGGUGGCAAUGUGUUUAAUGCGUCGGGGCGCGGAAGCCCGGGUGGCACGGAAGGUCUCCUCUCUCAAAGACUUCGGUCUCUCGGAGUACAGAACCAGGGCGGAGUGUCUUUGGGAAACCAGGAGAACCAAGAGUAA